AUGGCGGUUUCUUCAUUCUCUCCUUCGAUUUCUUCAAGUGUAUCGUCUCUCCCAGCUCCAUGUUUGCUCUCUAUCUUUAAGAAUUUGAUCAUCGAAAGUUUCGAGGUGCAAAGGAACCUCGUGUUGAUCAAUCGACACUGGUGUACCAUUCUCACACCUGAACUGUGGAGAGAUCCUUUCGGAUACAGUGGGAGGAGAAGCGAUCAGCACAUAAAGUUGAUCGAUACUUACUUUAAAUGUUUGCCGAAAGAUGUGGGGCAAAAGAUAAUCGAGGAGAUACGUGAAACCUUAAAUUCGAAUCAUACCGGCAUUAACGGUAAUUCCGAUAAUCAUAUCAAUGAUGACAGUGGUUAUUCGGAUAAUUCAAGCGACCAUGGUAAGGUCACAAAAAAUAGUAAUCGUAGAGCGGUGUUCGAAUACCACAAAUACCUCCGCCAUCUUCACCUCGAUGAGAUAUAUUCGAGCAUUUCGGAAUGGUAUGAAAAGAAUGUGUCGAAGAAAGUUAUUUCGGCAUCCACCAAAGGAUCUCAAAAGCUUUAUCUAUACCGCAUGAUCCUUCAAAAUUUUGUCGCUCACUCUUCCAACAUCAAAGAGCUUACCCUCAAUGGUAAAAGGGAGGCCCUUCACAUAAAUAUCUAUGAUUUGCCUCAGGCAGAGUCCACUUUAACAUCACUGAGAUUUCUAAAUUUGGAUGUGAGCUUUUCUUUACAACCAGGAGCCGGUGAGAUGCUUUCCGGAAUCCUUUUUUCAUCGUCGUAUUUUUCUACACAUCUUCAAGAAAUAAAAAUCAGCUUGAGUGCAGAGGGCGACGUCGGGGCGGUCGAGCAACUUGCUAGACUCAUAGAAUCACAAAGGGAAUUAAAGAAGAUUUCGAUUGAAUGCUUUGAGAUGGAUUUCCAAAUAAUAUGGAAGAGCGUGGUCAAUCAUAAUCAGGACAACUUGGUGAUUUUGAACUUAAGAUACUUGAAUUUUCAACAAGAAUCACCAUUUCAAUUAGAUUCUUUGAAAGUCUUUAGUAAUCUGGAAGUCCUGAAGAUAAUACAAUGCGAAAAUUUUGAUUUUUAUGGGAGCGA